AUGCAUGUUGCACUGCGGCCACGCAGUGGUUGCCUGGUGCUCUGUCUGGGCCUGUCUGUGUUCACCCUGCUGCUGCAGAGCCUCUGGGUGCCACUUGAGACGACAGAUGAACCUGCUGGGAGGUCACCUGAGGAACAAGGUCAGCGUGGUCUUGGCUUUCGCAGGCUGGCUCUUCGCUUGGAGGCUCUGAGUACUCAGGUGCAGCGGCUGAGCAGAGAGAGAGACGUCACCCAGCUGAGCAGAGAUGAUCUCAGUCUGUUACUGCAGAGCUUUAGACAAGAUCAGCAAGGCUUAGCCCGUCUGAUGGAGUUGGAGCUGAAGAGAGUGUCUCAGAGGCUCGACCAGCUCAGCCUGCAUCAACACCACGAGUCAAACACACCAUCAUCACACGAUAACCUCAAACUGCACACAGGGCCCAAUGAGAAGUGUGAGGUGCCAAUGGAUCAUGCGUAUCCGGUGUGUGCGGAGAAAGUGGAGUUCCUGCGGGCCCACUGGCAGUCAGACCCCUGUUAUUCCUUUUAUGGGGUGGAUGGUACCACCUGCUCCAUAUUGACGUACCUUAGCCAAAUAGAGGACUUUUGUCCCCCUCGUCUUGGAAGAAACCACUCUGCGCUGCCAUGGCACCAGAAGCAUCACUCCUAUACACAGAAGGCUGAGAUACGUACAACUCUGAGACCACUGCAUGAGGUAAUCAGCAACAACAGUGGUCCUGCCGUAAACUUCAUCCGCUCCAGAGUGGAAAGGAUGUCUGCGCAGUGGAUUCAGGCAGCUCUGAGGAUGAGACAGAGCAGCAACAAGACCGCCUCCACCCAGAUGAGGGUGCUGCUUUAUCCCGGGGCCCUGGCUGGUAGUGUUGGCCAGCGUUUUGAGGCCCUGGUGGAGAGAGGGGGUCCUCUGGGGGAGCUGGUCCAGUGGGCUGACCUCAGUGCCUGCCUGACAAUCCUGGGUCACAACCUAACCUUCAGCACCUCACAGCGACAACUCCACAGCCUGGUAGGUGCUGCGCCAGGCCGAGGCAGUUGUCCAAUCCAGAGACCCCUGACCUUUGACCUCAUCUACACUGACUAUCAUGGUCUUGCUCACCUUCAAGGCGCCAUGGGACUGGCUUUCCUGCAUUACCAGUGUCGCUUCAGAAUCCUGGACUCUUUUGGGACUGAACCAGCCUUUAACUUGGGGAGUUAUGUGCGCACUCAUGGAUAUAGAACUCUGUGGGGCAGCUGGGGUCUGCAGCCUCUGCAGUACAUGACCAUGUUCCCUCAUACUCCUGACAACUCCUUCCUGGGCUUUGUGAGUGAGGAGGCAGUGAGGGAGGAAAUGAGGGAGGAAGAGCUGGAGCCGGACACCUACAGGAAAGACAGGAUAGCAGUUGUCUACGGUAAACAGGACUACAUGUGGCAGGGUAAAUCUGAGUAUGUGAAGGUGAUCAGUGAAGAGCUGGAGACCCACGCUACAGUCUUCCAGCCUCCAGGACUUGCCUCUAAUCUGCCCACCUUCAUCACGAACCACGGCCUGCUGACUCAGGAACACUUCCUCCGACUUCUCCGCAGAGCGAAGGUGUUUGUUGGCCUUGGCUUCCCCUAUGAGGGCCCAGCUCCCAUCGAGGCAAUUGCCCUGGGUUGUAUCUUCCUCCAGCCGUGGUUCGACCCACCACACUCAUCAGACAACAGCGAUUUCUACAAAGGCAAGCCCACCACAAGACAGAUCUCCUCCCAGCACCCUUACGCUGAAAAAUUCAUUGGCAAACCUCACGUGUGGACUGUAGAUGUGACCAACAAGACUGAUGUACGUGAAGCUGUCAGAGCCAUUCUACGCACGGAGGUGAAGCCUUUCACUCCCCGAGAGUUCACUUGUGGGGGAAUGCUCGAGAGGGUUCGUAGUUAUAUCGCUCACCAGAAUUUUUGCAGUAAAUCUGUCCCUACUUGGCCACCAGAAAGUGCUCUGAGGAUGCAUCUGGGUCCUUUGGGUCAGUCGUGUGUAAGUGUGUGUCAACGGUCCUCCCUCGUGUGUGAGCCUGCAUUGUUUCACCACCUCAACAGUCCUGCUGCAUUCUCCAGACUCAGGAUAGGCUGCUCCAGUGUGAAACAGGAAGUCAACCACCUGUUUCCUUCCUACAACCCAUGGGGUCGACACUGUGGCGUUCAGCAGGAGCCGCUGCUGUUCAGUUGCGCCGGCUCCGACCCCUCGCACCGCAGACUGUGUCCCUGCAGAGCUCACCUACCUGGACAGGUGGCGCUGUGCCCCAACUGCAUCUAAACACUGUGAGAGAACUCAGGAAAUAGCAGAAGAGAAGAGGCAAUGAAGGCAGCACCAAAGAGCCAUCUACUUGUAGGUGCAGAUUUGAUCUGGACCAAAAAGAGCCAGCUGUCCUGCCAAUGCUCAUGAAAACUUGUGGAGUUCAUGUCAAGGUUGAAAGAUAGUAGAUCUGCACUUGAUUGCUAUUUAGGUUUUUUGUUUUAAAAAAUUGUUGCGCAAUGCCAUGGACAAGUUUGUCAGUUUUUCUCAUGAUAGCCACUACUCAGGAACCAAAAAUUAACCAUUUUCAUCUUAAACGUGCUGAAAGAUGAUGAAUUCAAGGCCUGGUGUCUCCUGGUGCCGAUUUAUUUUUGUAGCUUUUCCUUGAUCCCUUAAGCAAACAGUCUUUAAGUAAAGGCAAGAUGCACUUUAGGGAAAACGUAUUUAAGUGUAUUUAAAUGAAUAUAAGUGAGAAGCCGCACUUUUGACUCCAAAGCUAUUUAAUUCUCUUCUCCCACAGAUCAUACACAGCACAGUGCUCUCCAAUAUUAUGCUGAAUAAGUAUCUAAUCAUUCAUAUGUUACAGUAAUGUAUCACACUGGUCAGUGUUGCAUGGGAUUAGCGCUCAUGUAACCCUUCAGUGCUUCGCUGGCUGCAAAUAUUAGCCCAGGCCUCGGAGGAGAGCGGGUGACAGCCUAAGUGAUGAGGCUCAUUAUCUGAGUGAAUCAUGGAUAACCUCUGGAUGCCUUUGGGAGGUCAUAGCCAUAUGACCGUGAUUAUACUGUCAUUUAAACCAUUGGUUCCCAACCAUCUUUGACUGAGGAAACCCCCUCAGCUCUGUUUAAAAUCAUGCCCCCCGCCAGUAUACGCAGAACCUCAUUGUUUGUCUUUCAAACGCAUAUUUUGCGUCAUUUAGAUUGGGGAAAAGUCACUAAAGGCAGGAAUAAUUAUGUUUUCUUGAGUUAUUUUACUAGAAAUUAUGAUUUUGAUCAUAACAGAUGACUCAUUUUAGCCCUGAGUUCUUGCAUUCAGGCCAAUAUUAUUACUUGACUGCCUCAUGACCUACAGAUUCUUAAAGCCCCCUCAAGGGUAUUUUGCACCCCAGGUCGAUAUGAAUAAACAUGGAAACUUGUCAGUGAUUUGGCUACAUGACACAAACAAACAGAGAUUUUAAGCCUGAGCAUUUCUAUUUCAGAAGCUUUAAAUGGUCACACAGAUUUAUCUCAUCAUCCCUGCCUGCAAAACAGCUUGUGAAAGAAACAAAUGACAACAACUAAAGACCAAACUACAGUGUUGUAAGUGAUGGGGUGCUGUAGUAACAUGAUGCAGCUGUUCGCAAAGAUGGCUCCAACAAUGGCAACAAGCUGCUAUUUUGAACCAGGUCGAGGUUUUUCUUGGAAAGGAUGCUCUCAUGAAUGUUAAUUGGCAGAACAAGAGACCUUUUUCCGCCCCGAUACACUUCACGUGGCCAGAACAUAUUGUCACUCAGGGAUCAGAGCGAUCAGGGCUGCGACGACAGGAAUGCUCGACAAUGUGAUUGACCAGUAACUGCCUGUGAAAUGGUCCAUGAAAACAACAUUUGUGAUGACUUUGGGGGACUCCACUGAAUUCAUUUGGACCUGUCAAAUGUGACUUUUGCUUAAUUAGCUGAACGGUCCAAAAAUGAUGGAAAUGUACGUGUUUUUAUGUCAAAAGGCUGUUUGGAUUAAAGGAAAAUAAAA